AUGAAGCUCAACUCAAUCCUAAAGGGGGCCCUGGCUCUCAUCAGCCUGCCACUGGCUCUCGCGGCCAACUCGUUCUCGGCGUCAGACCUGUACUAUGCUGCAGGCCUGACUGUCGACCAACAGCACACGCUCCUCUCCGGCCUUCAGAGUGCGGGGGUAAAAGUGUUGCGGGUGUGGCUAGACGGGCAAUCCGGGAGUGUCAAGGGAACACCCAUCAACGGAUUCAACAGUCUUGAAGGGAGCAGCCCGGCCAGUUGGGACGAUACUGUCCUGAACCGUCUCGAUGACUUCAUGGCCAAUGCUCAUGGUUACAACGCUCUGGCCGCGAAUGCCGAUUUCUAUGGAAAGUGGUACGGAACGGGAGACUUCUAUACCAACAGUGCCGCCAUCGGCUACUUCAAGAACAGGAUUGCCCACGUCAUGGCGCACGUAAACCCUCACAACGGCAAGCCCUGGAGCCAGAGCUCCGAGUACAUCUUUGCAUUCGAAGCUCAAAAUGAAGCCAUGCAUGACCAGGAAAACCCCACGGCUCUGCAAUCCUGGCAGUGUACUAUGGCACAGGUGAUCAAGGACAACUUAAAGGGAAGUACCUCAAUCCUGGUCUCGACUGGUGGCGGUGCCUGGUUGGCCAACUCUCUGCUGGAUGGGUACUUCUCGUGCGUAGCAAUGGACGUGCUCGCCAUUCAUGCAUAUGGUGUCGGAGACUUUGCAACAAGCGCCCUCAAGCCAUACGUCUCUCGAGCGCAGCAGGCAGGCAAAAAACUCAUCAUGCAGGAAUGGGGCGCAUGCUACACGACAGCGUCCAACAACAAUUGCAACGGAGGCAGCCCGCUCAAUUCCGCGACGCGCGACACCAACAUCAAGAACUGGGCUGCCAGCAUCACCGCCGCGGGCAUUCCUUGGUUCUACUGGCAGAUACUUCCCAACGAGGACCCGCACCAGGACUGGGACUACGAGGUUGGUAUUGGUGGUGUCAACUGGAACACAUUGAAGACGGCUGGCCUGGCUGCCGGGCAGGCGCAGGCUGCGUUUGACUUUAGCAAAUGGCUUUUGUGA